UGCUCGCGUUAACAUGUCCGCUGCUGCGGCGACUGCGACGGCGGUUGUUAGCAAUGUAUGCCUUGUCGGCAGUGGGGAAGAAGAAACUCGGGAAUGCUCAUUUCCAGCCACCGAUGGCGAAAGUGUCGUUUGGAAGGAGAUCCUAGUGGAGGAGGAUUUUCUGGAAGAUAACGAUCAAUUUGUGGAUUUCGUACUGCUGGAAGACGAGCUGGUGCUGGAUUUGAUAGAUGGAGAAAAUGAACGACAGGUUCAAUGCACCGUGCCGGAGGAAAAUGAAAUCGAUUCAUCGCCAAACGCGUUAUGUAAUAAACGUAACGCUGGUGGGUGGCACAAGCAAGAAACACCCAACGCAUCAGCUGAAGUUAGAGCGAGCCGCAAGGACGAGACCACGAUUAAUAUUGCACAGAAAAAUGCCGCGUUUAAAUGCGGUGUUUGCUUGCUGCUGUUCAGAAUCAAGGCCCAUUUAAUAAGACACAUGCUGCUGAGACAUCGCCAAGCGGACGACGCCCAGAAGUCCGAGAAGAUUUACAGCCGGUGUCUACGAUGUAACGAACUUUACGGAACUACCGUCGAGCUAGAAAGCCAUCUCAAAGAGAAACACAGGACUACUUUAUCGUGCGAUAUCUGUUUGCGGUUGUUCGACGAUAAGAACUCACUCGACCGUCAUCGACAAUUUCACGCGGGCACAAACCCAUUCACCUGCGAUGUAUGCAACAAGCAGUGCAAGAAUUCCAGCCAUUUACACUUUCAUCGAAGGAGUCAUUUUACCAAAGACCUCGGCUACCGUUGCAAACACUGCAACAGACAGUUCUCAUCAUCCGGCAACUGCCAGAAGCACAUCGCCCGGGUUCACACCCUGGAAAAACGGUAUAAAUGUUCAAACUGCCCGGAAUCCUUCGUCUAUCCGCGCCAGUUGAAAAUUCACCAAAAACAAGCGCAUCCUUCGCAGAAACACGGUCCCCAUGAUUGCACGGACUGCGAUGACCGUUUCAACUCAAAGCAGGAACUCAGCAAGCAUCGAAACACUGCCCACUACCAAAAGGACCGUCCGCAUGCGUGUGACCAAUGCCCGUCCCGGUUCAAACAGCUUGGCCAUCUCAAAACGCACAAGUUGACCCACUCGGGCGCCAAACCGUUCGCGUGCGACCGGUGCGAGAAACGAUUCCGCACGGGAACCGAUCUCAAAGUACACCAGCGGGGCAUGCACAGCAAGGAGAAACCAUUCCGCUGCGAGGACUGCGGUAAGGCUUUCAUUGUGGGCUAUCUGCUGAAUCAGCAUCGAAUCAAGGUUCACGGUGACGGCGGAGACGACGACGACGGCAGCAGUGACGACGGGAAACACUAGGAAUGGCCAAGAACAGGUUAGGCUGAAGACAAUAAUGUAAUUUAAUUACUACGAAGCUAUUAAAUAAAUGUUGAUUCUUGUAUUUAGA